GAAGUGGUGGCAAGCUCGCAAUGAAGGGGCGGACGGUGCUUGUGACUUGCCGCUGACCAUGUCUUUGACUCCUUCCACAUCUCGCGAAUCAUCCACCUCUAACGUAUCAGUAAACAAGCAAAUUAUUUUGGAAGAAGACGAAUAUACAGAAGGCCUCUCUCGCAUCAUUGCCCGCGACUUUUUCCCCACUCUAAACCACCUCACAGCUGCGAACGAAUAUCUAUCCGCUCUUGAAUCACAAGAUCCGAGCUUAAUCAACAAUUCUAUUAGAACCUUGCAAGAUCUAGGGCCGACACCGCUCGUGCGACAUGGUCAGACGCAAACUCCACUACGUACACCUGCUCGCAACGGUUCCCAAAGUGGCCCUAACAAGCGACGAAGGUACGAAGAAGACCUGAGCUUGGAUGAAUAUCAAGCUCGAUAUACGAGUGAAGAUAACGCCAGUUUUACGGAAAUCCUAGAUGAGGAAAACAAGAAACGAAGAGAAAGGUUCAAGUGGGCAUUCGAAGCGCAGAGAAAAGUCAUGGACGGAAGGCUAAUCGAAGAUACGAAAAGAGAAAGAAUGCUGCUUGAAGGAACUGGCGAAAAUGAUGCACGAGGCCCCAAAGACGAGGCUGAAACAGAGGAAGUCUUACAAGAAAAGGAAGACGUUAUCCUCGAGGAGUCGUCGGAGACGAAGGAUGUGAUGGGUCCCACUCAAGACGACCGAACACCAUACGUCUCGGCCUGGAAGUUCAAGGCACGAAAUAAUCUAAUGUUUGCACCAGAUGCAGAUGAAUCACCCUACCAUCCACCCGCAAAUCCUUCUAUACCAAAAGCCGUCACUGAAGGAAUCCGCGAACCAAAAUCCAUAACGCACUCAGCAACACGCCUCCCAUCACCUCCACCUGAAACGUCUCCAGAACAAAUAGUACCACCCAGCCCAACGCGUAGCCGCAUUGAUGCAGCUAUUUCGGGUGUCCGUUAUGUACCUUCUGGUGAAAGAGAAGAGGGGGCAGCUGGCCCGAACGGAUAUAAUUAUGUCCCAACGAUACCGUCCCCUUCUCCCGAUCAACUAGGUCCAGCUGCAUUGAAGGAACUCAUGACCAUGGGAACCUUGUUAUCAACGCCUCGUCUACUAUCCUCUGCGCGGGAUGGUGACCAAGCCCCGAUGGAUGAUAUCCAAGCCACACCAUUUCGUAUCAACGCACCCUCUCGCCGCGAACAAACUGGCCAUCGACUCUCGAUGAAAGCUAGCAAAUCUAUUAGAGAAAAAGCUGCACUACUUGCCGGUGGGAGCAAGAAAGGCGACAUGGCCCCUCCCUCUGUUGGGAUGACUCCAAAGAGGACUGCCGCCAAUCUGACACCGGCUGCACGAAACUUAUUGGCGCGUAGUACCGGGCAGAAGGAGACUUCUACACCACUCAGACCGAGUAUCGGUGGAAGUAUCUUUGAUGGGAACUCGAAAGGUUCGAAGGGUGUUGAGAGAGAUCUCAAAAAUGUGAAAUGGACACCAAGCCCAAUGACAAGGCGAUGA